GGUCUGAUCACCUAAUAUCCGAAGUAUGAAACUUCGUGUUGCAAGCAAUAUCGAUGCAAGUCGUCAGCCUCAGCCUUGCAUGAUUAGUCACUCUGAGCUAAGCCUUAACGAGUGUCGGGUCGCUUGCCACAGGUAUCGUAGCCUUAACCUCACAGCCUUACUACCGUCGGCAUGGACACCACUUGGAAACCUAUAUGUUGAACACCAAGAACUCUCGUUAUGCAAUCUCUCAUUUGGGCCUCUAGUAUACCAUUGUAUAUCACUCAUCCUUCUUCUACAAUACCCUAUUUGAUCAACAUACCCCGAGUCUCUUAUCUGCCGCUCCUUUUCCCACGAUUAAUAUCCUUCUUCGGGGAAAAUGUUACAAGUUUCUCCUAUGAAGGAAUUCUAUUGAAGAAUCUGCCUGUUGGUCUAUUAUGUGAUCUAUAUCAGCCAGAAUUUCCAUGGAGAAUAGAGUUAGGAGAUGGGCCAUCUUUUGAUAUUCAUGAUACUUUCAUCAAUAGCGUCAAAGAAGCCGAUUUCAUACGCAAUGGAAAUGCAAAAGGCAUAAUGAGUAUGUCAAAAGAACAUUCGACACAAUUAUGGAACUCGGUUCAAGAUAAUGAUCUUCACACCUACCUCAAGGUUUCUACCAUCCUCCUCAAUCCCGCUACUCCUCUAAAACACAUUCCAUUACGCAUAUACCUGCCUUCAUCCUCAUCUCCAUCUUCAACUCCUCAUCCAGCUUCCUCGAUUUCAUCAAAAGCUCCAGGUACUUCCUCUCCACCUCCACCAAUUUUCGCAUUUAAAACAGUACAAACUCUCAUACAACCACAAAUUGCCUCUCGUGAACCUCAAACAUUGGGAGGGGCACUCAAUACUAUUCUCCCAAGUUUAUUUCCAAGUAGGAGAGAUGCAAUUUUGGCGGAUGUUAUCUUACAUGGGGCUACAGUUCCGUUUAAGGCACCAUUGGAGGAUUUAAUGAGGGAAGCGAGUUAUGCGGAUGGGUGGUUGAAUGUGUGUGUUGUUAUGCUGAAUUGACAUUAGAAGUGAUGAUUAUAAUGAUUACGAUGACUUUAUGAGUAGGAUGAAAUGGCGUUUUUGAAAUUUUUAUUUUUUUUGAAUUUCGGCUGGGAAAGAGAUUGAGGCUGCCAAAUACAAUCACCUAGUGGACAAUUGAUUGAUGAAAACAUUGCGAUAUCCGAUCAAGUUAAUGACUAUUGAUUAGAGGAUUUCAUGGAUUUGGUUCCUGUCUAAUACUUUUUCCAGCUCAUGCAGAAUUCGUUGAAAUAAGCAUUCCUAUUACUUGGUCAUAAUUCAACUAGUAUGGUUAUUAAGCUAGAUUGAAUUUCCGUGUAUGAUUUUCAGUGAUUCAAUGGCCUACAAAAGCAUGGAGCUCAUUAGAUGUAAACCGGCUCAAUCUAUCAUCAUAUCUCACAUACAGAUUCUGAUGUAUGGAUCCCCAAAGUUCUUCACAUAAGCGAAAAGCUCUUCGGCCAGCUAUUCUUCCCACGAGGAGCUGUAGAAAAAUUUUGCAUUUGGUUCAUCGUCAUGCAGCUCAGGGCUUUAGAUAUCCGAAGGGCAAAAGAGCUAUAUCUUUCUGGCAGAUGUAAUGUAGACUUGAUGAUACCGGGAGUUGAGCGUCACAGGGUAGAUUGACAGGCUUGUUUGAGCUAAGUUGAUGGCCUCUUUCUUAUAUGCGCGUAUUAUAUAUAGUAUCUAUUAGUGGCUUCUGCUGCACCGUUUUUCUGUACCCUCGGUGAUGAAUGAAUUGUGUGUAUGAUAUAUCCA